GCUAUUCGUAUUUCUUUGCUGAUGCUCCGCACUUAAUCAAGACAACAAGAAACUGUCUGCUGCAUUCUCGAUCAAGCACAUGCACAAGGUACAUGUGGAACAAUGGCAUGUACCUUUUAUGGCAACACAUUGCUCAAUUGUUCUACCAGGACAUUGACAGUGGUCUUAAGCUCCUUCCCAAGCCAACCUACGAGCACAUCAAUCUCAACUCAUACUCAGUUAUGAGAGUCAACCUGGCAGCACAAGUCCUAAGUGCCUCAGUGUCUGCUGUCCUAAAGUCAUUUGGUCCACCAGAAUCACAUGGUACUGCAAAACUGUGCGAGAUGGUAGAUAUGUUCUUUGAUUGCCUGAAUGUGAGGAGCUUGUCUGAACAUCAACGGAAAAGGAAGCCAUUUUUAGCCCCCUACUCUAGAAGUGAUGACGAAAGAUUCCAGUGGUUCUUGGACUUCUUAGCCUACCUGAAAAGCUGGAAAGAAAGUACUGAUGCCAGACCUGGAAACUUUACAAAAAAUGCUCGAGCUAGGAUGUUCUUAUCUCGGCAAACUUAUGAAGGGUUCCAAAUAACCGUCUAUUCUGCGAACGAAGCCACUAAAUUUCUACUUAGCAAAGGUAUGGAAUAUGUAUUGACAGAACGUUUUUGUCAGGAUCCAGUUGAAGAGUAUUUCGGUAAUCAGCGAAAUUAGGACGACGGAAUGACAACCCUGAUGUAUACUCUUUUGGCUACCAUGACAACACCAUUAGAAUACAAAGAACAAUAUCCUGUCAAAGUGGGAAUACAAGAGGUAGAAAGGACAAGCGCAGAGCUUGGGUCAAUGUGACCAAUGAUCCUCUACCUGCUAGAAAGAAACCAAAUAAAUCUUGAAAAAAAACUACUUGUUUUUUGUGUAGAUGCCACAGUGUUUUCAUUUCUUGUUUGUACAAGUAGAAAAGCUAUAUAGCAUUUUUUGAAAGACAACACCCACAAAUAUUAUAUAUUGCUGGCAUUCAUAGUUUCAUUUUUUUAUGAAUCAUACUAUUUGCACAAUAAGAUUGCUUAUUUGCUCUUCAAAGCACAUCAACUGGUGUAUUUAUUUGAUGGUGGUGUUUAUUUCAGAUGGCAUCUAAGUGAGUAAAUAUGAAAUAUAGCGCUUGUUCAACACAAAUACAGUUCAUGGUAGACUAUAUUGUUGUACAUAGAUCUCAAGUUCAAUGCUCUCUGUGCUUUUAUUUAGUCAAUUUAUUUUUGUUUGCAUAACAUGUUGCAAAUAAAUGAUACAGAAAACAACGAGUUAGCUUUAACAGUAUGGUAUGUUACAUUCAUUAAGUUCUUAUAUCAGACUUAAUCCAUACACAAUAGACUCUGCUCAGUACAUGGCUACCCAGGGCCUGGUAGUUCAAAGCCUGAUUAGGGCUACUUCACAGUUAAUUUAAUGAAUUGAAUGUUCAAGUUGUAAAAUUACAACUUGAAUAAAGUUUAGUUGAUGAUGAUUUGUAAAUAAAGUAUGAUAAAAUGCUU